AUGGAAUGUGUGGGGAUUAAGAGAACCAGCAAGGGAAGCCAGCCAAAAGCCAAAGAACAGAGGAGCCUGGGUGAUGCCGCCCAUCCAUAUCAGCUGCUGGGCACUGGUGCUUCGAGUCAGAGCGCACAAAGCCCGGGAGAGGAGGCGGAAGCAGCUGCGACUCCAAAGGCUGCCCCUGGCUGGCUAAAACGGUUCCUGGGGUGGACACCGAGGCCCGCGAGUGCCCGGGCCCAGCCCAGCCUCGCUCAGGAAGUGACUCCACCUGGGAGCAGCACAUCACAGCCACCACACAACAUAGCCAUCCCUCCACCAUCACGCUGGGACCAGUCUUUCCUGACCAAUGUCACCUUCUUGAAGGUUCUUCUCUGGUUGGUCCUGCUGGGUCUGUUUGUGGAACUGGAAUUCGGCCUGGCCUAUUUUGUCCUGUCCUUGUUCUACUGGAUGUAUGUGGGCACACGAGGCCCUGGAGAGAAGAAGGAGGGAGAGAAGAGUGCCUACUCCGUGUUCAACCCGGGCUGUGAAGCUAUCGAGGGCACCCUGACUGCAGAGCAGCUGGAGCGCGAGCUCCAGCUAAGACCCCUGCAGGUGAGCUAGGACCCAGCUCCGUGGUCUUGCAGCAGACCUCCAACCGGUCCUGUCUUCCAGGCCAUGGGGCCUGCGCUUGAUUUCCAGUGCACCAGAUGAGGGACGGCUUGCUGGUUAGCUCUGAGACUGCGGUUUUCUACAUCCUUCCCCUGAUCUGCUGCUGCAAUCUUACCUUUGAACUUCUCAUUGGUUUUGGUGAAACUCUAUCAAAGACACUUACUGU